UUUCUUAAUCUGUGUAGACUGGAGGAUUGUGAUGAAACUGCUCCUGUCACUGCUGCUGUAACCACAAAGGUCCAUGGAACACAGAAGACCCCAGGGCAGGCUCGAAGGGACUAUGGAUUUUGGUGUCCACGGCAUCUGCAGACUUCCAAUGGACAAGGCUACAAGUUUUUGGGAAUUGAUCAGUGUGCACCCCCAUGUCCCAAUAUGUACUUCAAAAAUUAUGAGCUGGAUGUUGCCAAAAGCUUCAUUGGAAUCGUUUCAAUUUUUUGCCUUUGUGCUACUCUGUUCACAUUCUUGACUUUUCUGAUUGAUGUUAAAAGGUUCAGAUACCCAGAGAGGCCAAUCAUAUAUUAUUCAGUCUGUUACAGUAUAGUGUCUCUGAUGUACUUCAUUGGCUUUUUGCUGGGAAAUAGAACUGCUUGUAACAAGGCAGAUGAAAAGUUAGAAAUUGGUGAAACAGUUGUUCUUGGCUCUCAAAACAAAGCCUGCACUGUCCUUUUUAUGGUUUUGUAUUUUUUCACUAUGGCAGGAACGAUAUGGUGGGUGAUUCUUACGAUCACUUGGUUCCUAGCAGCAGGAAGAAAAUGGAGCUGUGAAGCUAUUGAACAAAAGGCAAUGUGGUUCCAUGCAGUUGCAUGGGGCAUACCUGGUUUUCUCACCAUUAUGCUUCUUGCAAUGAACAAAGUUGAAGGGGACAAUAUCAGUGGAGUUUGCUUUGUUGGUCUCUAUGACCUGGAUGCAUCUCGAUACUUUGUCCUUUUGCCUUUGUGCUUUUGUGUUUUUGUUGGUCUCUCUCUCCUUUUAGCUGGAAUUAUUUCUUUAAAUCAUGUGCGGCAAGUCAUACAGCAUGAUGGCAGAAACCAAGAGAAGCUAAAGAAAUUUAUGAUUCGAAUUGGAGUCUUUAGUGGCUUAUACCUGGUACCACUGGUGGCACUUCUUGGAUGUUAUGUUUAUGAGCAGAUGUAUAGGAGAAUCUGGGAGACCACUUGGGUCUUUGACCAUUGUGAUCAGUACCAUAUUCCCUGUCCUUACCAGGCAAAGGCAUUAGCUAGACCAGAAAUAUUUUUGUUUCUGAUGAAGUACCUGAUGACGUUAAUUGUUGGCAUCUCUCCAGUAUUCUGGGUGGGAAGUAAAAAGACCUGUUCUGAAUGGGCCAGUUUCUUCAACAGAAAUCGCAAGAGAGAUCCAAUCAGUGAGAGCCGAAGAGUGUUGCAAGAAUCAUGUGAAUUUUUCUUGAAGCACAAUUCUAAAGUUAAACAUAAAAAGAAGCACUACAAAUCCAGGUCACACAAACUGAAGGUUAUUUCUAAGUCUAUGGGGACUAGUACAGGUGCUACAACAAAUCAUGGAACUUCUGCAGUGGCUAUUACUAACCCUGAUUACUUAAGCCAAGAGAACUUCACAGAAAUUAAAACCCCUCGAGAAACAGCUGAGAAAGAGAUGGAGGCAGAUGGAACAUCAACCCAGAAAGUGGAGGAGGGGGAGAAUGCUGGUGGUGAACAUGUCCUACAAAUAUUAUCUACUUCUAAACUGGCUAUGGAACAGGUGGAAAAGAGCAGCAAGGCAGACAACACAGUUGAUAUGAUUAGCUUAUCUGAGAGUAUGAAAAGAAUGUGUGAAGGAAGGGUAUCUCCUAAAAGUGAUUUUACUGAAACUCAUCCACUACAAGUCAGUAAUUCACAGCUACCCAGUGUUUCACAACCAGGCAGUACCAGCGGCUCCAUAUCAAUGCUUGUCCACUCGGCUUCAGACACUAGAAAAGAUCAGGAUUCUGGAAACAGUUCAAAUCCUUGAAAGAUUACAAUUUCCAUAUGAAUGAUUUCAGUUUAUGAAACUGUUAUGGGUUUGUAUUACACUGGAGAUUACUGAUGCUCUGUGCCUUGUAAAAAUACCACAUACAUAUCCCUUGUUUUGCACUUAAAAGUUACACUACAUAGUGGGGAGGUCUAGCAAUAACCACUGUAUUUAACCUCAUAAGAGAGUACUGGAAACUGAAGUUCUAAUAGCACUCAACUGGGCAGGUCAGCAGUAAUUUAAGAGAAAAAGAAAUGAGAGAAGUAAAUCUUUUUCUCUUCCAAUACAUGAACAUGCUGUUAAAUGACAGUAAAAAUAAUUGAUGGAAGACAGUUGCGUUAUUUUGAAGCAUAAACAUUUAAUUUGCUUCACUGGUGUCUUUCAGUCUUCCUAUUAACAUUUCUUUUUCUUUUUAAAGUAACUGCAUCUUAAACAGCUGUGUCAUUUAGAAUAAUUAGAAGUUACACAAAUCUAUGGAUAUCUUUAAUGUGUAAAUGUCUCAUGAUGUACUAAUCUUAGCACUGUAUUAUGGUUGUUUCUACACUGAAUCUGAAAAGGAUUCUGGAAUUAUAGUGAUUUAUUUUGUAGUUAAAAAUGAAUCUUGUAAAUAACUUAUUUUUAUAAACUCAACAUUAAGAACUACUGUUUUAUGUUGCACAACUCUGAUAACUAAGGUGCUUCCUUCUAGUACCAAUAAGAUCAACAAUAUUGUGCUGAUAAGAUGACCUCAUUUCCUUCUGAGUAAUAGUCACUACAGGAUAAUAUAAGCAUUAAUAUAACCUCCACAUCUAGAGCAAGAUUGUGUUUGAUCCUUCCACAAAUGAGAAAGGAGAGACACCUUUACUUUUGCACACCUACUGUUACCCCAAAAACAGACCCAGGGUACCCACAGAAUAGCUCAUCUAUUCUCCCAUUCCCGGGUUUACCAGAGGCUCCUUUCAAGGUAACCUACUAACCUAUUAAUCUAUUUCUGCAAGGUAAAAAGUGGGCCUGCCCUAGAGGAACUACUUGGGUUCACCAGGUUCUCUUCAAGAGACUCCCCAGAAUAGCUUAGACCUGUUAUCUCUGGGAGGACAUGGAUAUGGCCUUCCAUUAUAACUGAUUGACACACAGGCAAUACUUUUUCUAAAACAAAGUAUUUUUUAUUUAUCCUAAAUUAUAUUCCCUGAUACAAUCAUUACUCUUGGGGGAAUUCUGCGCCACUCUGCAUGUGCAGAAUUUAUGUCCUCCGCAGAUUUCUUUGUU